AGUGCAAGCAUCCCCGCGACACCGUCUCGAGAACACGCCGUCUCAAGCAGCCAGCACCGUCUCAGUUGUACCUCAGACAACAGCCGUAACCUCGAACCCUCAGACUCGCCCCCGAAGCUCCCCAAAAUGCACCUUGAGAUUCAGGUAGCGCUCAACUUCGUCAUCUCUUACAUGUACAAUAAACUGCCACGGCGAAGAGUCAACAUUUUCGGCGAGGAGCUAGAGAAGGCGCUGAAGGAGAAGUUCGAGGGCCACUGGUAUCCCGACAAGCCGAUGAAGGGCUCCGCGUACCGCUGCCUCAAGACGGGAGAUCCCAUCGAUCCUGUGCUGGAAAAGGCAGCCAGAGAGGCAGGCAUGGAGAUCCGGGAGAUCAAGGACAACCUGCCGGAGGACCUGGCCGUGUGGGUGGACCCCGGCGAGGUCUCCUACAGGAUCGGCGAGAAGGGCCAGAUCAAGGUGCUGUAUUCGGAGGCCGCCGAGUCCGCCACGCAGGAGGAGAACCUCGACAAGGAGGUGACCAAAACCUUCAACCCCGAGGCACAGUGCUUCAAGCCCAUCGACAACUUGAGUUCGUCCCUCAGCAACGUGUCGAUCAGCCCCAAGUCGACGUCCCCGUAUUCCGCCAGCUCGCCCACGCCGCCCUUCAAGCAGCGGGAGGCGUCCCCCAUCAGCGCCUUCCUCACCAAGAGCUCCGCCCCUCUCACCUUCACCACCGCUACCUUCGCCCAAACAAAAUUCGGCUCCACGAAGUUAAAGACGAGCACCAAGCGAGCCAACCGCAUGUCACCCACAGAGUUCUCCCACUACAUCAAACAGCGCCAGAUGAUCGCAGUGGCGGUAGCGACGGCCGGCUUCGGCAGCCAGUUCCCCCCGUCCAGGCCGCGCUCCCUCAGCCCCAACCCGCCGCUGGAGGCCCCCGGCGUGUACUUCCCCGGGGGCGCCCCCGCCGGAGGGGCCUACAACCCCUGGGGCCGCGGCAUGUUCGACCAGGGCUUCACCUCACCGUCCUUCUUCACCGAUCUGCUCCCCCCCGCCAGCCAGCAGGGACCCGCCCCCAAGUUCCCCAUGUACGAGCCCGUGAACGGAGGCAUGAUGGGCGGGGCCGCCCCUGGCGCUGCUUCCAUGGGCGCGGGUGACAAAGCCUCUGGUCUGAACGAGGGCGUGAUGGGCGUGUACCCAGCCUCCCAGUACCAGCACCUCCUGGUGGCCAACUAGAGGAUGGGCGGGCCAGCCACAGCACCAGCAGCCUUCCCGUUGUCUCCCUGACCCGCCACGGAACAAAAUCAAAAGGUGUCGCCUGAACAUGAGCGUGUCCCAGCAGGAGGACGGGCGGGCGUGUGGGCGUGUGGGCGGGGCAGCUGGCUGCUGGCCGUCACCGCCCACCACCGCACCAGCAGAUCUGACACCACCUGCCAAUAUCCUUCACCUUUUAUAAUUUUGUACUGCCUCAGGUAUAGACGCUUUUGGUUUAUAGUAUAAUGAAGAAUAUGCCCAUGUUUAAUAGAACAAUGCAGAGUUGCCCAAGGUUUAUCAGACUAAGGUAAUUGAAAGGUUGACUUUUCAAAGCCGAUGGUUGUGAAUCUGUACAUAGGUUAUGUUUGUCUGAACAUUUUGAGGGUUCCUGUAUCGUAGGGGUGAUCGAGAUUGUUCACACUUGUUGUAAGCAUGGAUAAGAUUACAUUGUUGUACAAUAUGUACUCUUUAUUAUCAUUAACAAAUAUGGCAUAUAUUUUUCUUACUUGUACAACUAUUAACUAACCGGUACGGUUUCUCUUAAGGUACGAAAAAUAAAUAAUUUUGUGAUAAGACGUGUGAUAGAAGAAUGUAGUAGCGGUCCAGUACAAAUAUACACCCAGUCUUGUUAUCAGUGUGGGGAGGCUCCAGCUUCAUUCUUCACCACGGAAUUUUAACCAAAAAGAAAUGAUCAACAGUUUAUCUUCACGCUGCUGUGGAACACAAAAAGCAAAGUAACAGAUGGGUGUACGCCGAGUCCUCCGAGGAGAGUCUCCAGUACACAACCAAAUACUCUUCUAGCUGGUGGGUCUCGCACCCUUCUGGUGGGCCCUGAGCCCUUUUGGUGGGCGCUGCCCUUUUCUUUAGUUCAUUUUGGUAACUAAAUCCCUACGUCCCGAAGAUGACACCAAGGUUACACCGCUUGACGCCUGGAUGGUGGCACCCGAUGGCACUCACACGUCCUCUUGAAGUUGUGCCAAGUCAGGCGUUUCGGGAAUGGCGUAAGAGUGCGUUCUGCUGACAUCAAGGUGGCUCGCGAGUGGCACUUGGGUGGUACCCCGGUGGCACUUAUGGUGGCGAGUGGCAUCGUCGACAUGGCACCGCUGCCGUGGCACCAACCUGGUACCCGCCUGCUGCCGGGGCACGGCACCCGCGGCCGGGCACUGGGCAGCAGGGGGUAGCAGCGUGAGGCCACAGCGGCUGGAGAGCGCUUGCUGGUUUUGUCCAAGUUAUACGAAGCUGUGACUCCUUUGGCACCAAAGUGGCCCCUCCGGUAACACUUGGGUGGCACUCAGAUGACAAGAUGUGAUCGAGGGUGAAUAUCUAUGAAGACGCGAGGCAGACGGUGUUGAUUGGGAGGGUCUUUGAGGAUAGCGUUGAAUAUUUUGCUGUUACAUGUUUUAUCUUCUCAUAUCGACAGUAGACGAGGAUAGAUAAGUAGAUACAUAGUAGCUGAUAACUCGCUGGGACAGAUUGUGCCCCCCGAGGAUUUUAUAUUGAAUGUUAUCUGUGUUAGUUUUCAGAAGUUUUCGGUGAUUGUGUGGAUGACGACGGUUAAUAUUUUGGUAAUAUUUCUACCAGGUGUAGCAUAAACCUUUUCUGUCUGCAAAGAUACUUUUGAACUCACCUUUCCUGUUGUGUAGUUUUGAAUUGGUCCAACGUACCAAUAGCUAUUACCAUAUGAAAUGCUGGCCGGCGAGAGAGCUUCAGAGCUGCCUCGUCUAGACAACAAGACUAUAAGAAUAUAUUUGUAUGAAGUGAAACGCAGCGCAGAGUGUUGGGGUCUCAGGAGAUG